CUGUCACUCAGCACAGAGGCCACACAGACCUGAGCGGGAAGAAGGAAGGCUCUAGAUCUUUUGUAACUUUCCAGCAAGAACAUGCCCUGGGAAACUCGGCAUGAAAUGCUGUUUGCUCUUCUGCUCUAUCUUGCUUGCCUUCUACCUGAGGUCAUGAUGGACCAAAAGACUAAGGAAGACUAUUGUCGUUUCAACACCACAGUACUGCUGAUGGGGACCAAUCUGAAUGCUUCUUCGAUCUUUAAUGUGGAGUGGCAUGCACAGCUAAAUGGGAGAGAAAAGGUCUCCAUCCUAACAUACUCACCCGGCUCCAACAACAUCUAUAUUAAUGAAAGUUACAGGAAGAGAGUUGUCUUUUCUCAUCUGAACUUUUCCUUGACGAUACAUUAUGUGACUUUCAGCGACGAAGGAGUCUAUACGCUGACCAUCCAGCUGCUUAACAGUCAGCAACAGAUUGGCAGGACAAAAGUCACAGUGAUCAUACCUGUAUCGAACGUGCACAUCACCAGUGAGACAUCUGUUCCUCAUCAGGGGAAAAACAUCACCUUGAAUUGCCUGGGAAUGGCAGGAAAUGCCAUGUCCUACUCCUGGCAGAAAUGCAACCAGCCUUUGCCAAUUGGAAACCGCACCAUCCUAUCUAAGGACAACGCAUCCCUGACCUUCAUUAACAUACAGCAAUCUGACAUUGGGAACUACAGAUGUGUGGCCCAGAAUGCUCUCAGCUCUGGGCAUAAAGACUUCAUCCUGCAGCUUUGUGCUGAGACUGGUGUCUCUCCCUGUUGGAGCUAUGGCAUUUACGGGUACCCUGGCUAUCUGGGCUACGCUAUUGUCCUCUUCUACAUCUUCAGCUGGGUGAAAAGGACCAGGAAAAGCAGCUCCAAAGGCCAGUCAGAUGCCAUUUAUGAAAACACGGCUUUUGAAAACACCCCCACAAACAACGGUAAAAGAGUUCCCCCUGUCUACAUAAGACACAUCAAGAAGUAAUCUUAAAGGGAGGAAGAAAGACUGGUUUCUAUUCAGAGUGGCUUUGUUUUAUUAUGUGUAUAAAAUACUCUGCCUGUCCUGCUAGCGUGCACGUCCCAUUGCUGAUGGUGAGAAACAGCUCCAGGAUGAAAGAAAGAAAGAACGAAAGAAAGAACAAAAGAAAGAGCUCUAUAGAUGGAGCGAAACUGCCUUUCUGCACACUAGCUGCAUGCACCUGUCUACCUACCUCUGGUACUUACAUGAACUCCUGCUUCCAAAAUAUCUGAGCACAACCUUUAAUUAUUUACUUAGCCUCACAACACCCAUUUGUUUCCCCAUUUUACAGAUGGGGAUCUGAGAUGCUAAGUGACAUGCCCCAGAUUACACAGAGAGUCUGUGGGCUUGUCUACACCACGCAGCUUUUAGCUAAAUGUCAGCGUGUGUAAACGCUCUUUUUCGGUACUUUGUUGGCACUUUUGUCAACAAAAUACUUCCAGCCCCGCAAGGGGCAUUAGCUUUGUCGGCAGAAGAGCACUCCUGUCGACAAAGCCGCGUUCACACUGCCAUUUGCGUCGGCAAAACUUUUGUCUUUCGCGAGGGGGGCUUUUUUAAGUACCCGUGAAAGACAAAAAAAAUUCGACAACUUCACAGUGUAGACCAACCCUCAGACAGAGAAGGAAAUUGAAUCCCAGUUUCCCAAGUCCCAGACUAGUCCUCCCAACCAUUGGACCACCCAGCAUCAACUCGUGUUGGUGAACAUAUGCAUUGUCCUUCUGGGAGGGAGACCUCUCCAAUGUUUCCAUUUUUAUGCAUAGGCAUUACUUCAUUUACAUAAGUGACACCAAGCUACAGCAUUGCAAAAUAAAGGCACUGUGCUCAGUGUCUCCCCAAGUUGCCUCAUCCCCCACCAUGUUGUAGGUCAGGGGUUGGCAACCUUUCAGAAGUGGUGUGCUGAGUCUUCAUUUAUUCACUCUGAUUUAAGGUUUCAUGUGCCAGUAAUACAUUUUAAC